GAUCUUUAUCAACUAUUUGGGCUAUUUUUGCUCAGUUUGGUAUUGCUGAGGGUACACCACAAGGAGAUUAUAAAAAAGAAGUUUUUGAAGAAUUUCAAAAAAUGCAAGGAUUUCCUUUAAUUAUUGGAGCAAUUGAUAGUUUAUAUAUACCUUUUUUUGAAGCAUCUAGCAGAAUUAAUAAAGAUGUAUACUUUUCUAGAAAACACCAAUAUGGAAUUUAUCUUCAAAGAAUAGUAGAUUAUAAAGUUCUUUUUAUUAAUUAUGAUAUUGGAUGGCCUGCUUCUGUACAUGAUGCAAAAACCACAACAACAACACAAAUAAAUUAUAAUAUUAAGCAUAGUAAAACUAGAGUUGUAGUUGAACAGGUAUUUGGUCAUUUAAAAGCAAGAUUUAUAUUUUUAAAAGCAAUAAAAAUUAGUGAUCCACCAAACGGAGUAAAAAUUAUUGAAGCAGCAUUAAUUCUUCAUAAUUUUAUAGGAAAAAAUAGAGAUAUAUGGAGAGAAACAGAAUAUAAUGAUGAUGCAAUUGAAAUUCAACCUGAAGAAGAUUCUGAAUUAGUUGAUUAA